UCGUCAAUCCCUACCUCCCGAGUCUCGAGUCCCAAAUCCAGCAGUAGGUAGCAGUGCGUGCCCGUGCUGCAGUUCCGGCGUGGCCCGCCGAGACGAAUACUAUACAGGCUCGCAGAGAUCGGGAAGGAACUGUCUGCUCCCACUCUUUUCGUUCUUUCUUCUUCUGUAGUCUGUCUAUGACUGUGUAACUACUGCUAAUAAUAAUUAAAUAAAAUAUUUGGAAUUGGAAUCUGAAUCCGAAUCCGAAUAGAGGAGGAGAGCAACGUUGAGAGAGCUCUCCUCUCCCAGUCCAGUCGGGUCUGGUCCUGGAGGUGGGAAAAUGGAAGAGAAAGUCGUCAAAUGUUUGUUAUUAGUGGGAGGGGGAGCUCUUCUUGGCUCUGUUUCUACUCUCUUCCUGCUAAAGCUUCUCCCCAGCCCCAGGGAUUUUAGUCGGAAGUGCGCUCAAAGUCAAACCGAUGUGAAGACGACAUCUGGUUCGGUCUUCCCUAGUGGUAUUGGCAAAGCCUUCACACCUGCUCCAAACGAAAAUGGCCAGAGAGCCCAUCUCGACCUGCUUGCGGAUGAAAUUGUCUCUGAACAAUUGACCAGGAACAUUCAAUUCUUUGGCUUUGAGUCUCAACAGAAAGUGACAUCGUCCUAUGUUGUGGUCAUCGGCCUGGGAGGGGUUGGAAGUCAUGCUGCAUCCAUGCUUUUGAGGUCGGGAGUUGGCAAGCUUCUCCUCGUGGAUUUUGAUCAGGUAUCAGUUUCAUCCCUAAAUCGGCACGCCGUUGCAACUAGAGAUGAUGUCGGCAUUCCAAAAGCCCACUGCCUCAAGAAACAUUUCUCAUUAAUCUUCCCUGAGUGCCAUGUAGACGCAAAGGUGCUUUUAUAUGAUGCAUCAUCCGAAGAAGAAAUACUUUCUGGAAAUCCAGAUUUUGUUUUGGACUGCAUUGAUAACAUUGACACCAAGGUUGCCCUUCUUGCCGCAUGUGUUCGCCGAGGUCUGAAGGUUUUGUCAGCCACUGGAGCUGGUGCUAGAGCAGACCCAACAAGAAUCCGUCUUGCCGACUUAAGAGAGUCAACAAAUGAUCCUUUGUCUCGGGCGGUAAGGCAUCGUUUAAGGAAGGAUUACGGCAUUGAGGGUGGUAUUCCUGUUGUAUUUUCUUUGGAGAAACCUAAAGUGAAGCUGCUUCCAUUCCAGGGGCCAAGCGGCGAAGAAGAAAACCCGUCAGAUUAUCAAAUUGUCCCAGGUUUUAGGGUCCGAAUAAUACCCGUGCUGGGAACCAUUCCUGCAAUUUUUGGGCAGGUUAUGGCUUCCUAUGUGGUGACACAACUGGCAGGAUUCCAAGUUCAGACAGAGCCUGUGGUUAAUUUGGAUGUGGACCAUUAUCAGAUGCUUCAUCAGCGGCUUAUUGAGCACGAGGAAUCGCUUUACGGAACAGCCAUGGAUGUUCAGGUGGAUCUGGAGGAAGUCAGGUAUGUUGCAAAGGAGCUGUGGCAUGGACGCAGUGCGAGGGAACAGGUUGCAAAAGAUGUAGGGCGUGGAAUGUGGCGAGCUGUUAAUGAGCUAAUGCUCGUGAGGUGGGAUCAGACAAAACCGGCAUCAGUAACAAAUUUGAUUCUUCUAAAGUUUAAAGAGGCUGAUGAACACGAGGCGAGAACCCUGGAUCAUAUAAGAGAAGAAGAACCGGACUUCUUUGAGAGAGUUAUGUCUACCCUGCAGCAGGCUAAGGCAGACUUUGGGUUCUUGUAGGUCUCAUCCUCAAUUCAAUUCGCCACUCUCAUUAGGAUCCUGACCUACUUAAGUCGAAGCAGGUGCCUUCACAGCCUGCAGCUUCUUCUCACAGUAACCACUAAAAUGAACACCCAGUUGUUAAGACCAGCAUAUGUUGUUCAUGAAUUUUUACUUACUCCCUUUUGUUUGUCCCCCUGGUUGGGGAAAUGUUGGGACAAUCAGUAGUCAUGUCAGAUUCGUCUCGCUUUUUCUCUUAAGAGCAAAAUAUUUGACUACUCAUUGCCUCACAGUUAGGGGCCUUCUUGUGUAUGUGAUGUGAUAUUCAUGCAAAGUGGGACUGGUAUCUAUUUUCUUACCA